ACCACCGCACCCACCGUGCGAACAUUUUUCCGACGCGUCCCAUGCCGGCAUACUCACGGUCGCACUCUCUGCCGACACUCGCGAUGCAGGCGAUUGAAAUGGCAUUCUAAAGCUGGUGGCCUACACUCUCAAGCCGAUACUGUCUCGACCAAAUCCACAGGUUCCAGCUCCGAAGGACCGGAGCCCGAUGCGCAUGUGCUCACGUGUCUUCAGGAUUGCGUCCAACGCAUUCGCGAACCGUUCACACCGGAGGAACAGUUGGAAACCGGUGUGGCAGUUACGUUGGAACAGGAGUACAAUCGUAUGGACGCAUGCAUCCGGCGGAUUAUUCGUGUGGUAAAGCUGUUGCCCUUCUUCGGUGAGAUUGGCAAAGCUGCACAACUAACUCUAUUGCGAGACGCAGUUCAUGAAAUGCGUAUAUUCAAACUUAUUUGGAUUUGUUCCAUCCAUGCUUACCUAAAUAUUGUUAUUUGGUCGAUCUCAUGCAUCACGACCCGUUGCAUCGAUUUCAAUCAUUUGCAAUCAUCGUGUUGCGCAGUGAAUGUCACGCACACGCUUCGAUUACAUCCACGCUAUCGGAUGCAAUUCGCCGAUUGGCCUUGGCUACAAUGUGAGCCGCUCAACUCACGUUUCACCUUUGCUUCAGCUCAGCAGUUGGUGUACGUGCGCUCCGUGAUUGGAGCCUCAUUCACGAAGCCUGGCUCUGGGCUGACCAGCACGCAUAUCGCUUACCUUACAGCGCAGCCCAUCUUUUGCCGUUCUGAUUCCCUUGCAUUGUUUCCAGAUAGUCAGCUGAGUGUGUUUUCUGGCUUCGUCCUACAGAAGCUCAUCAAUACGAAGCCUGACAAUGUGCAACUGUUGCCUAAGCGGUUAAAAUGCACUAUGUGA